CGAAAAUCAUUUUCCUUAUAAACCCUAACCCUAAAGCUCUCAGCUUGUCUCGCCCUCCCACCAUUUCUGCGGCGCUCAAAAACCCUAAAAUCAUUCAAGUGCAGAGAUUAGCAACCAAAAGAGGUAAAAAUGAGCAGAGGAGCAGCGGCUGGCGGAGCCAAGGGCAAGAAGAAGGGAGCAACUUUCACGAUCGACUGCGGGAAGCCGGUGGAGGAUAAGAUCAUGGACAUUGCCUCGCUGGAAAAAUUCCUCCAGGAACGCAUCAAAGUUGGCGGCAAAGCUGGUAACCUCGGAGACUCCGUCACCAUCACCCGCGAGAAGUCCAAAAUCACCGUCACCUCCGACUCCGCCUUCUCCAAAAGGUAUCUGAAGUACUUGACAAAGAAGUACUUGAAGAAACACAAUGUGAGGGAUUGGCUCCGAGUGAUUGCUUCCAACAAGGAUCGGAAUGUUUAUGAAUUGAGAUACUUCAACAUUGCUGAGAAUGAAGCAGAGGAAGAAGAUUAAGUUUUUCUUUCUGUUUUGUGUCUUUUGUUUGAAAAAGAACUCAUUACACCCUUUCUCUCUUGUGUUUAGGAUUGCUUAUGUAGUUGUUUUCUUUGGACAUUGUUGACAGUACCAAGUUUAUUCAACUACUUUACCCUCUGCUUUUUCUGGUUUGUUGUUGUUGAUGAGCUAAGGGGUUUUUAUUUUUUGUCUGCU